AUGCGCUUCCAUGGCUACACCCAAGCAGUCAGCCAGCACUUCGUAAAGCGGAAUGCAGGCAAGAGCCUGAAGGUCGGCGCCCGGGCUCUCAAGAAGACCCAUCGGCAUUUCGUCAGCAUGGGCAGUGUCAUGCAGGCAAUGUACAGGAUGCUCCACCUUGGGACUCCACACAAGAUCACGCAGAAGCAGUUCAAUGAGGCGGCGCUCCAGACUGGGUGCAAGGGCCUGACUGCCUUUGCGGCCCUGCCGUACGUCGACCUCGACCUGUCGUGCCUCUUCACUGUCUCCACCGGCCAUGCCCUGCUGUUCGGAGUGGUCAGCGACUUUGUGGACUACACGCUGAAGUCGCUCAAAGACAUCAAGCCAGCAGACCCAGAUGCCAAGCUGGUCAUGUCUCGUGAAGCACGCCAGCGGGUCGUGGCCCGCAGCCAGUUCCUGGUCGUGACUUCGGACUUCAGGCGGCGGUACAAAUGCAUCAUGCAGUACCGCAAGAGCUACCACAUGGAGGACUGGCUGCACUUCGUUGAGAUGUUCUCCAGCUACAUCUUCAAGGGGGACGUGCUGCCCGAGGCCUUGUGGGCCCUGUGUUGGAGCCUGUGCAGCACGGUCACACACUACUUCUGGCCGCGGCCCCCCGACGAGACCCGUGAGCAGUUCCUGGUGGCAGCCAAGGCGGCUGCAUGCAAGCUCAGAGCUUACACGACCAGGCUGGAGGAGUUGGAGGUGCCAGGCUACAUGUUCACGGUCAACCUGCAUAUCUGCGUAUGCCGGCUGUAUGACCAGGAGUGCCAGCUUGGGUCCACGGCAGGGUUCUCCGACCUGCCGGUGGAACGCAUGAUGCAGCAAAUGAAGACACAAGGCGGAAGGAUGGUGUCACAGGCACCCGAGAAGCACUACAUGCAGUGGCUGUGCCUGAUGUGGGCCUCCGAGUCGCUCACAGAGGCAGACCCUGUGACCGGGGCCAAACACACGACCAACCAGCAGCUUGAGAGGAUGUUGGCACGGCGUGCAGUGAACACCGAGGCUGCCUGGUUUGAUAAACCAGGAGCCAACGAACAGGUGGCACAAGUCCGGGCAGCCAUGGCGAGCCUAGUGCACUGGUAUGCCCUGGCAUUCAAGGAUGUGGCUUCCUGGACAUUGGGUCCCAGUGCGAGCUACGAACUGGACACGGACCGCCUGGAUAGGGUUCUCAUGCCUACACCACCCGACUGUCCCAAGGCCCGCUCCUUUUUGCGUGCCGAGGCACUCAACGAGGAGCAGUACUUCGGGGCUGAGUAUGGGUGCCAGCAGCAGCGGACCUCCUGCUGGGCAUGCUACCAGGCAGAAGUCGGCAACAAGACUCGGACGUAUGCAGCCUACCUCAAGUACUUCGUCCACCUGCCCGCAGAAGAUGGCGCUCAGGAUGUCCGCUUCACUGUGGCAGAUGUGUACUCGGGACAGGUGUUCAGCAGGGGGCUGGUGGUGGUCAACAUGGCGGCCACCCAGACAGCGAGGGCAGGCAGCCAGUGGGAGAUGUGGCAGGACCUAGGGCUGCCGCUAAGCCACCUGAUUUGCCGCCUUAAGGCAAGCUUGUGUAUGGCCCUCUACAAGACGGGGGGCCCGGAGGGCCUGGCCAUCGGCGGGCCCACGCCUGGCAAGGCGACCGCCACCAGCAACUUCAUGACGCAGUUUCAGAAGAAGGUCUUGGACAAGAUCCUGCGACCGUCGACUAUCACUGCAGACCACGGUGCUGUGGCAGCCGCAGUGGGAGCUGAGGCAGUGGAUACUGCGGCUAACGACGGUGAUGGUGCAGCAGCGAGAGCAGCCGCUGGGGACCACGAACAGGCGGUGGGUGGUGGAGAGGCUGCUGCCAUGGGCACGCAUGCCGUGGAUGGUGGCACGGGUGGCGGCCGCACAGCAGGCAUCGCAGCAGCAGCAACCGCAGGGGGGGACACCGGCACGGGUCCCAGGCAGGGCAAGGCGGGCGUUGCCCAGGUAGAAAACCUAGCAGUUUGGAACCUGGGGAGCAUGUUUAACAAGGAUGAGGAUACCACCAACUAUGAUGCAUUCAAGGAGUGGGUCGGCGAGGUGCCAAGAGCGGCUAAGGGCGCAGCUGGCAAGCGCAGGCGGGGUGGCGGUGAUGACGACAACCUGGGUGCGAGGUCGGGGCGCAAGGUUGGAAAUAAACGGCAGAAGGGGAACAAGGGCGCAGGCCGGGGCAGGGGUGCAAGCAAGGGGACCACCAGAGCACCGCGUAAUAUUCACCCGUAAUCACUGGGUCUUUACCCGUAAUUUUGCGUGUAAUUCGUUACAUGCGCCCGUAAUUCACCUGUAGCACCGCGUAAUAUUCACCCGUAAUCACUGAAUCUUCACCCGUAAUUUUGCGUGUAAUUGGUUACAUGCACCCAUAAUUCACCUCCAGCACCGCGUAAAAUCCACCCGUAAUCACUGGGUCUUCACCCGUAAUUUUGCGUGUAAUUGGUUACAUGCGCCCGUAAUUCACCUCCAGCACCGCGUAAAAUCCACCCGUAAUCACUGGGUCUUCACCCGUAAUUUUGCGUGUAAUUGGUUACAUGCGCCCGUAAUUCACCUCCAGCACCGCGUAGUAUCCACCCGUAAUCACUGGGUCUUCACCCGUAAUUUCGCGUGUAAUUGGUUACAUGCGCCCGUAAUUCACCUCCAGCACCGCGUAAAAUCCACCCGUAAUCACUGGGUCUUCACCCGUAAAUGUUCACCCGUAUCCUUGUGCUCAAAUUACGGGACCGGUAACGUGUUACGGACCCGUAAUUUCUGUCAAAUUACGGGUGGAUUGACCCAAAAUUACGGGUAAAAUGACCCCCCUUUUCCCAGAGUG